GACAGGUCGAAAAAAAAACAAAAAAGGAAGAAGGAAAAUUUGUUCAGCUCACGCCAUUGCCAUUCGCCGUAGAGGGUGAAACUUUCGGAAACUUUGUCUUCCUUUUAACCUGCUUUUAGUGUAAAGAACUGCCACUGACAAGAAUUACACGAGGACUGUACAUACUUGACUCCUGUUUGUCUACACGUGAGAGGAUUUACCUGAACAACUCAAGACUUUCAACGACAUUUAAAGGAAGCUGAGGGAAUUUUACAUGCUAGUCAUAUUGUAAAGACUUCUCUCAGAGAUACCAGACAACCAUGUCGGGGAGUAUCGGUAUAUAUGCGGUCAAGAAACGAAAGAAGCCCGUUCAGAAAAUACCCAAACCACCACCCCCUGAUGGUGUGAAAUCCAACCCGUCCAAGAGGCACAGAGACCGGCUGAACGGCGAAUUGGACAAACUGACCAACCUUCUACCCUUCUCAGAAGACGUUCGUGCACGACUGGACAAACUGUCAGUGCUUCGACUCAGUGUCGGAUACCUGAAGGUCAAGAGCUACUUCAAUGCCACAAUCAAAAAGACAGGAGGAAAUGGAUGGCUUAAAUGACCGGUCAGGGACUUUGGAGGAAAUGCAACAGCUUCCAGUCUGGAUGGAGUCAACUUCUCAGAAGGGGAGCUGUUAUUGCAGGCACUCAAUGGCUUUGUGCUGGUGGUCACGGGUGAAGGUUACGUAUUCUACUCGUCUCCAACUAUACAGGACUACUUGGGCUUCCAUCAGUCGGAUGUUGUCCACCAGAGUGUAUUCGAGCUCAUCCAUACAGAUGAUCGGGCAAUGUUUCGAAGGCAACUACACUUCGCUCUCAAUCCCUCUUGUGACAGUGCUGAUGGAUCUGAGGCUAUGCAGAGCAGCAGUGAUAUCACCAGAGACAUGGUCAACUACAACCCUCAACACAUCCCUCCAGAAAACUCUUCUUUCCUGGAGCGAAGUUUCUGUUGCCGAUUCAGAUGCCUCCUUGACAACUCAUCAGGCUUCCUGGCUCUGAACUUCCAAGGGAGGCUGAAAUAUCUCCAUGGGCAAAACAAGUUGGCGGAGGAUGGAACCUUGGCCCACCCUCAGCUGGCUCUUUUUGUCAUUGCUACACCCCUCCAGCCACCCUCGAUCUUGGAGAUCAGGAGUAAGACUCUCCUUUUCCAAACAAAACACAAGCUGGACUUCACACCCAUGGGUAUCGACACAAGAGGGAAGGUGGUUCUUGGCUACACUGAGAUUGAGCUGUGUAUGAGAGGCUCUGGGUAUCAGUUCAUUCACGCUGCUGACAUGAUGUACUGUGCUGACAACCACAUCAGAAUGAUAAAGACAGGAGAGAGUGGAUUAACCGUCUUCAGGCUUCUCUCAAAAGGGGGUACCUGGAUCUGGGUGCAGGCCAAUGCUAGGCUUGUUUAUAAAGCAGGAAGACCAGACUUCAUUAUUGCUAGGCAGAGAGCACUAACUAAUGAGGAGGGUGAGGAACAUCUCCGUCAAAGGAAGUUGCAGCUACCAUUUAACUGCGCCACUGGUGAGGGUGUCUUGUAUGAGGUUGGCCCCACACUGGAUGUAGCUGAGAUUCAAAAUCAGAGCAAAAGCCAGAAAAUGCUCAAACCUCCAUCUCUGGACCCGGAUUCUCUUCUCGGCUCCAUGCUGAAACAGGACCAUUCUCUUUACAGCCAGAAUAAUGACCCCAAUUCCCAGUUUACCAUUGACAAAGCGUUUGGGGAUAGCCACGCCCUGCUCAAUGUCCCUGGGAACACCUGGCAGCCGUCAACCCCAAACACUGUGCCUGGGAUAAAGGAGGAAGCUGUAGUAAAAGACAUGCUAGAAACCUUGCAGCAGAUUAUCGAGGUCGGCAAUAAUUGCAACAGCCUUGAAGAUUUUAAUUUGGACAGGAUGGAGCUGAAGGAGUGGGAGAACACACUGUCCAGGAUGAAUUACAACAACGAUAUGGAAAUUAACGAAAUCAUCACAGAAGACAUCUUCUCUUAUGUCGAGGAUGUUCUUUUCAAAGAAAAUGGCAUCACACUCAAGGACCUUGGUCCAUUUUCAGAGAUGUCUGAAUGUCUAUCAGAGUUGGACUUGCAGAAUAACUUGGCUGCUAACCAGGAAUUCAGCUGCCAGGCAGGGGUGCAUGGUGUCCCAGGUCAAGGUGGAUUCAUCGGAAUGAACAUCCAAGAGGGAAUGGAUACUAGUAGUCCUGGAAGAGGCACGGUGAAGCUCUCCCAUAUGGGGCCACAGAUGCUACCUGGGAACAGUUUCAUCCAAUCAUUUGAACUAGAUCAGACAACCCCAAAGAUGGCCGGCAAUAGUAACAUUUUGUUUAAGCCUUCUCUUGCCAUGCAGCAGAGUCAGCCGCCAAACCAAGUCAAACUUGGUCUGCAAGGUGUUGUGCAAGAGAAUGGGAUAGUGCCAUGUGGCCAGAGAAACCUACAGACUGGAAACCAGCCCCAUCCAAACACAAUGACUCUCCCUCUUCAGAGUCCUCUGCUGCAAGGCACAUCCACCCAGCCACUGGGCUUCCACAACCAGAAUUCCCAUCCCCAACAACAGUCAGUCAGUCAGAACCCUCAGUGGGUACCUAGCAGCAACAGCGUGGUGGAUAACAGGAUGAACUCUUGCGCCCAUAAUGUUUUAGGCCCACAAGAAGCAGGAAUGCACUCUGGCCCAUUCGCCAACCUACAAGGACAAUUUUCUCUCCACACUCAAAACGCUGCCAAUCAGGGACUGCCUGGCUGGCAACAAUCCCAACCUACCCCUCAGGGAGUCCCCACAUCAUUUUCCAGCGGGCAUCAGCCAGGCUUCAUCGGCCAAGUUACAGACUUUCAAAGAGGCACGCUUAAACAAAUGUUGUCGCACACAAACGGACAAGGAAUCGGAUCGGGCUUCCUACAGACAUCUGCAAGUGGCAUCUAUCCUCAGCAAGGUGAUUUCAUUGACAACAGCCCUCAUAAGACCUCCACCAGCUGCAUGUUCAUGAGCACCCCUCAACCCUCGGUGAACGGGAUGCAGUAUGGUUCUGCCGAUCCGGUAUCUGGGAUUGUCAUCCUGCCAGGGGCUAAAGGUCUGCUUACCCAGAGCCCUACACAAGCGUCCUGCUACUUCCAGAGAGGUCCCAGUGAGACCAUUGUGGGCACAGCGGUCGUCCCACAAGAGGACACCAACAUCAGCCCCAUGGCUUGUCAACUACCACUUGGAUUAACUCCAGAUAACAUAACUCAGCAGUAUCUCUCCUGCAAUAGCCAGACACAGAUCGCAAACCGUCCACUUAAGGAGACCGAAACGUUCCACUUUCCCACGCUGACCAACGGAACCGCCUACUUUCCCGACAACAACCAAAGCAACUGCUGUGACUAUUAGUCAUAGAUCCUUCAUAGUGCAGCCUGGCACAUCAUCAGUGUAGUGCCCGUUCCUAAAAAAAUGCACGUAUAAUUACAUUGUCCCUUGAGAGACACGCAUCCACUUCUGAUGACACUCAAAUCUACAAAACAAUAUAGAACUCUUGCUGUUACCACACUUUUUUCACCCUUAUAUACUUGUUCACACCCUCUCUAAUAAGAAAUAGGCAGCGGCAGAAAAAAGAACAUCCUUUUGUUUCUUAUAGAUCUUGGUUUGUUUCUUAUUUUUCCAUUCUAAAAGCCAGACAGAGUGUAAUGGCAAGGAGAGGUGUGCAAGCAAGUCAGUUUUUUUUGUAUUUGUGUGAGACAUAGCCGAGUGUUCGUUUAUGAAGUAUGCAGAAGGAAUGGUGGAACCUUUUUAAUUGCGUGGCAACUCUGAGGAAAGCAUUUUGAGGUGGACUCUUGAUGCCUUUUAUUGGGGUAGGUUUAGAUUCAAAAAGGGAAAGUCUGUCUGCAGACCUUUAACCUUUGUGUACCCCACUUUUUAAGACAUAAUUUUGUCUAGAGAAGUGAAUACUCUACUAACGGCCUCUGUGAACCCAUUGGACGGUCAGAGCAAAUGUUUGACUUGCCGACUUCAAAAUUGUCUCGGAAGAGUUCCUUGAUGCUCCACCUACUUUAUGGACAGCAGUGAUGAGAUGUAAAGUUGGCCAAUCAAAUUUAUUUGAAAAACAAAACGAAAGCCACACAGUAAUGAAACGUCCAAGGAAAUAUGGCGCCUUUUUUUCUAAACACUUUUUUGUUUCUAUUCAAGGAGCAAAAAUCUCAUGUAUCGUCUGCUCUUGCCAUGCUUUAAUGGUUGCGUUAACCAUGUUUCAUGUGUAUUACAACAAUAUCUGAAUGUUAUCGCUAAUUAAUUUGGUCAAUUUUUGCUUUGUUUUAAAAAAAAGAACGUGUGUUUUGUACUUUUUUUAUGCAUAUAGUCGAAAUUAUGGAAAUGCCAUUGAGCCAUUUUUGUCCACUUUACUGAUUACACUCUUGCUUUAUAUUUGCUUUAACUCAAAUUCUAGGAGUUCUUAAAUCGUGUUGCGUGCCAUGAGAAUCACAGCAGCCAGCGCAUCCUGCCUCCAGAUGACAUGUAAUGACAGAAAGAGAGUUUUCAGAAGGCUCAAAGUAGGGCUGAGUAAUUCAUCAAAGGGGAUUUUCAUGCGCAUUUUGUCAGUGAAGCCGGUUCUAGUAAACCAACAUGUGCGUUCAGAUUGAGCAGCAUUUACUACACAGAGCUGAUAAUGCCAUUUAAUGACAGUUCGCCUCACACUUAUCAGCUAUGAACUAUGACUCGCAUGUGAAAUGCUACAUACAAUAACAUGUUAUUACUCCAAACUUCAUAACUUCAGUUGAGUGUUUGAAAUACCAUCUGAUGUGAUAUGAUUUCGUAGGUGUGUGUGAUUAUUAGUCACGCUGAAUCAAUGAAUGCAGUUAAAACUUUUGUUUAUAAAUGAAACACUAGGGGAUUUGCUCAGUUUCUUCAUGGCCGUUUGGAGUUCCCUGUACCAUAGUGCCCUCUGGUGUUCGUAGAAGAUUUAUUACAGAUCACAUUGUAUUUUACUGACAAGCUGUGCAUGACAAUCAUAGCUUUGCUCAAUCGCGUUUGCAUUUUCGUUUUGACCCAGCCCUCGCGUAAAAACCAGUCACUCCCAAAGUAAAUUUUUGUCGGAAGAUAACCUCAUUUCUACGGCCACAGUUAAACUUCUUUAACGUCGUGUUUAGCGUGGCUCUUGGUCAUUCAGGAAAUACAGCCGCAGCCAAAAAGUUAGAUAAUACAUUUCUGUGAGUCAUUCAUAAAAACGUUCCCAUAAAUUGUAUUCAUUUGAAUGCGAUUAACGCAGGAAUUUGUUUUGUGAACGAGGCCCAAAGUUUGUACCCCACUCUGUGCCUUAUUUUAGACUAUUUUAACGCCAUUUGAUAUGAUUGUAGCAGCAUUUUGAAUGUGUAAAUAUACCAAAAUUUAUUUGUUUGAGAUUUAUCUUAGCUGCGCAAAAUAUAACUGAUUUGGUUUAUUUUAAAAUAUAAUAAUAAUAAUAAUACUUUUUAAAGUUUUUACCUUUCUUCAGCUGUUGCUUCUUUUUUUCCCCUGCAGUAAGAACAGAAAGUUUGUAAAUCCCUCAAACUCACACUCCCAAAGCAUUUUCCUUUCAUCGUCUGAAACGGGAACACUGUGUGCCUUAAUUUCUUCCCCCUCCAAAGGAUAUUUCAAAUAUUCCUCCCCAUUUUCUGCUCUCUUUUGAUGAAAUGAUUGAUAGGAGGAAAGGAAUUGAAACGGCAGCUAUAAUUGAAUCUGAGAAGCAUUGUUUUUUAACAACUGGCCAUUGUUAGCAUGGACGGAAUCGAUUAUGUUAGUUUGCUAAUGUACAUAGCCUCACAAUUCAGGAGCUACAGGACAUAUUAUGCCCCGUUCGUCUUUUUAAGUGCCUUAAAAUAGCUUUCGCUACACUUUAUUUUUCCUUUUUGGUUUCAUUUGUACUGAAAGCUAAAGGAAUUGUUGGCUUUGAUGUAAUGUAUUGUUUCUCUGCUGGUUAAGAUAGGAGGUUAGAAAAUCGCUAAAUGAUUGAUCAAGCGAUUGAUUGAUAGAUAGUUGGUUAAUGGAUGGUUGGUUGGUUACUCGAUUGAUUCGUUUAUCAGUUGGUAAAGUUGACUAAAUGAUUACGCACAAAUAAUAACGAUGGAUUUGGUUUGCUCUGAUUUUCAUUUUUCACGCUUUGAAAUACCUAUUACACCUCAUCCUAAUUAAGCGCGAUAUACAAUUAAGUGAUAAAAGAUGUUCUUGCGCUGGGAAGCUCCGUCCACAGUGCUGUAUAUUCAGUAAACGGUGGUUCUCAAAUGGUUUUACUUCAGAUUUUACAGUCAGUUCCAACACAACAUGCUUUAUUUUUUGUAAAAAGGCUGCUUUGUCUUGUUAAGGCUAAUUUUGUAUCGUGCAUUAAAUGUAUCUUAAAUAGUUGCAAUAAAAUGUUUUCACAUUUUUGUGUGAAACUGAAAAUUACGCACAGUUUGUUUUAAUUGUACCGCUUAUGUUCGUAAUCUUAAAGAUGUUGCUGAAAUAACACAAAUAAAUAAAAAACGUGUGGUGUCCACUUUUUCGCACUCAAAAACAAUUUUUUGGCUGUGACCCACCAGUUGAGAACCACUGUAUUGAAUAUUAAAACGUAUUUCUAACUGAGAAUUCGUUUUUUAGUGAUGACGGACAGGUUUCUUGUCACCUAAAUCUUGUCCAUCUGCUUAGUAAACUGUAUUAGACAGUUUAAUGUUUAUGCCUUAUUUUAUGAAUUCGACUAGACAAGGUUUAGUGGUCCAGAAAAUGACCCUUUCGUGCCAUAAAUAAAUUGGUUGUAAAAUGAUUAAAUAAAUACAAAUAAAACAGGUUUGUGGUGGAAUAAACACCAAUAGUUGUUGAAUUGAAUUCACCCACAGCAAUGAACUCCCCCCGGUGCCAAAAAAAAAAAUGUUCGUAUAUAUGCGCACUUGUUAGGACGUUCUCCCCUUCACCACUAAACUACGAAUCCUUUAGGAAGAAAUAAUAGCACUUAACACUUCAGAUGCCUGUUUCUUGUGUAUCGUGUUUGUGAGGCCUCUUUUAAAUGCAGUAUCUUUGUUUAUUUGUUGUGUCAUUGUAUGUUUUUUGGCUUGUGCACCCUGCAUUGUAAACGCUUUAUACGUGUAUUAUGUAUCUUAUUUUGUACAUUUUUUUUCAGCACAUCUGUAAAAUCUGUAUACCCAAAUGGAUGUCCCACAAAUACAGGCUAUACACAUACAUCUAUAUUAUAUAUAUAAAUAUAGCUCUUGUUUGUUUUGUAUUUGUAUUAUCAAAUGAUUACUUUGUGAUUCUUAUUAUUGUUAUAAUACUAAAAUGGCGUUGAUGACUCAA